UAGAUAAUAGAGUAAUCUCGCCACUCCUCGACUUUCCUAGUCUGCCACUUUUCUUUUUCUCUCCUAAGUUUGCUUGCAAAAGUUGCUUUGUGCUGCAUUUAUUCUUUAAGUUACUCGAGACUAUCUAUCCUCUGGGACUAUAGAUCUACAAAGUGGAUUAUAAUCUCGAUUAUAUAUAAUAAUGUCAAAGAAAGAAUCGCCCCCUCAGUUUCCCGAUGAUGCUGUAACCGAAUCUUCUCUCUCUGAGUCUCUCUCCUCUCAAUUCCCUGUACAAGAGACCGAUGAAAGUGAAAAUGAGCUUGUUGUCACUAACACUGAUCAAGGAAAUACUGCUGCUGGAAGAUUAAUACACAAUUUUCUCACUUCAGUUCAGACUUUCAGCAAACAACUCUUGGAUUUUACAGAAAAGCUGGAGAAAUGUCUAUCUCUUUCACAAACGAACCAGGAAAAAAUUGCUGAGUUGCAAAAAGAAUUGAAAUGUUACGUCAAAAAGUUUGAGAAGCAUUGCGGAGAAGCAGCAAUGGUCACUGAAUUAACUCGUCUCUCUGAAGAUCACGAAAAGCUCAAGCAAGAAACAAAAGCAAUGAGGGAAGAAUAUGAUCAGAAAUUUAAAGAGUUAUCUGAGAGAUUGCAGACACCAUCUUUUGAAGUGCCUGUUAUGGAAGCAGCCAAAAAAGAAGCGCCAGCAGCUUCAGCAACCAGCAGUGUGACGGAGCCUCCUCUCCCUGUCAUCUCUGACCUCUUAUUGAAAUUAGACGAUUUAGCGUCACAAAUGAUACCGAAAGAAGCAACCAGUAAGAGAAGAUCGAUCUUAGAGACACAAACUAAUGAAUUAUGCACUGCGUAUGCCACGGAAAGUUUUGACGAAUGUGAUUUACCAUCACAGCUACCACGUACCAGUAGUGCCUCUAGUUCUGGUAUAGGAAGCAGUAUUGGGCCUCCUACACUAGGUAGAGGUGAUAGUAAAUUGUCUAAUAUCGGGGAAGAUGAAAACACACCAGCAGCUGAUGAAUCGCUUCCUCCUGAAGUCAAGUUGCGUCCAAAGACAACAAGCACACCGCUUAGACGAGGAAAGUCUAUGACGAAGAAUGACCACAAUUAUCUGGAGGUUAUAUGGACAAUGAGCGACUUAACAAAUGCUUUAAAGAGACUGCUGGAACCAGACUCUGAUAACAAUGCUUAACUAAUCCCUUAAUAUUUUUAUAGUAAUAUAAUACCAUUUUUUAACUUAUAGGUGUGCAGUGAAUGAAGCCUGGGAUGUUUUAUUAUAUAUAUAAACCUACAUUGUAUAUUCACUAUUCAGUCUUAAUAUUAACAAACUGGGGGUGUCUUUUUUCAAAUUUUUAGACGUUGGUCACUGCACUGACUGGGCCUGGCCUCCUCCGGGGGGCCUCGAGGUGGGGCGGGGGACUGGGGCCAGCAUAGCAAUAGCAUCCGAGCGCGACUAGCCAGCAUCAUGUCGACGACCAGGACUAGGCGAAAGCUUCUGGUUCAACUAGAUAUUUCAUACCUGAAACUUAUCAGAGAUGCUUUAAAAGAGAACGGGGUAUCUGGUGGUGAGUGGUAUGUCUUGGGGCUUGAGCUUGAAGUACCAUCUAGUAAACUAAGACAAAUCGAUAUCGAUCAUCAUGGUGAUUCCUCUCGCUGUCUACUGGAAUGCUUGGAGGCUUGGCUUGAACAUCGUUGUCGUACAUGGGGCAUGCUAGACACUGCACUCAGAAAGAUAAAUGAAACUGCUGCCAAGAACAUCAGAGAAUCAUAUGGUAAUCCUGCUAGUCAGCUUCUACAACGGCUUUACAAAAAAAUCUUGGAAAAGAUUUCCUUUUCUGAAGAAUCUGUGGAAAUGUUCUACAAAGAAGGAUUGAUAACAGAAGAUGGACAGGACAUGAUUAAUGAUUGCAAUGGUUCUCUUAAUUUUGAUUCACUAAAAGAAAUUCUUUUUGUGGUCGCAAAAGAUCAUGAGAAAUUGAGAAAGUUUGGUGAUAUUCUGGUGAGAUCCGGGGAUCAGCAAAUGUUGGCAGUAGGUAAAGAAAUUUUAGAAAAUUUUAAACUUAUUUCUCCAUGCUCCGUUACACCAGUUGAUCUAAUACAUGAACCAGUGGUUAAUGAGACCAUGCGUACAGAUAAUGGUAUCCAUGUCAGUGAAGCUAGCAUAUGAAACUGAUUUUGAUGAAUUUAGAGUAAAAUUUGUUAAGACACGGGAGCAAAUAGCUAAUUCAAUUUCCCAAUGCAUUCAUCCAUCAAUGUUUAUUGAUCUCAAGACACAUCUUAUAUUAUGCUUUCCUGAGCAGGGAGAGUUAGAAAAUGCUACUGAUGUUAAAAGUGUUAUGAAUGUAGUGAAGAUUCACUGUACAAUCAUAAAUAUUGUACCCAUGGAAACCAUUGCUGAUCACUUUAAUCUGGAUGAAGCAAAGAGCCUUGUUAAACAGUACAAAGAAAGCCUAGAUAGCUUCUGUAGUGAAGUGAAGCUUACAUUUGUGCUUGGUAAGGAUCUGUGUCCUCAUUAUCAACCUUUUGUUCAUAGUGAAAUUAAAUUUAUUUUGGAUUGGAAUCCUGUUGACCAUAAAUUUCAAGACAUUCGUCGUUUAAUAGAGAAAGCAUUCAAAGAUAUGAACAAAAGAGUCAUUGUUAAGCGAAUUAGCGAAGGCAGCUCUAUUAUAGUUCUCUGUUCUGCUCCAAAUGAUUUAUUGGAUGCUUUAUACUUAGAAGCACAGAAAAAUGUUACUGUCUUGAUACAAGAAUUCAGUUUGGUUCAAUUAAAGAUUGGCAGUUACACUGUCUAUGAUAAGAUUCUGAGAGGCAAGGAAAUGAAAAUAAUGAAACAGCAAUUAGAACAAGAAGCUAAAAAACUACAAACUUUUAAAAAUGUUAAUAUUCAAAAAAUUGCAGGUAAAAACAAAAUUUUAUUGGAAGAAAGAUCUGUUUCAGACUCUUCUAGAUUAGCACCUAUGCAAGAAACAGAUCACAGUGAAAAUGAGUAUGUGAUCAUUAACAGUGAUGCUUUUGCUGGAAAACUACUCAAAGAUUUACUCAAAAUCAAUGCAGUUAAACUUUUUCGCGAACAAGUCUCACAUGUCGAGAAGCAAUUGGAAAAACAAUUGUCUCUUCCACAAACAAACAAGAAAGAUAUUGCUGAGCUGCAGGAGAGAUUCCAAAAAGAUCACGUUGAAAAGUUUGAGGAGCAUUGUAAAGUUGUCGAUGAAUUGAUGCGUCUAUCUGAAGAAAAUGAAGCAUGGCAAAAAGAAUUGAAUCAAAAAAUAAUAAAUUUAACUGAGAAAGUGGAGAAAUUGCAGACAGCAUCUCCUGUUAUGGAAACAGAAGCUAUUGCAACGACUGGCAGUGUGGUGGAGCCUCCUCUCCCUGUCAUCUCUGACCUCUUAUUGAAAUUAGACGAUUUAGCGUCACAAAUGAUACCGAAAGAAGCAACCAGUAAGAGAAGAUCGAUCUUAGAGACACAAACUAAUGAAGUAUGCACUGCUUAUAACUUACCACCAAAAAUAGACAGUUUUGAUGAUUCUGAUUUUCUACACUUACCGCGUGUACACAGUAACUCUAGUUCUGGUAUAGGGAGCACUAUUGACCAUCCUACACUAGGUAGAGAUGACAAUAAAUUGCUUAAUAUCGGGGAAGAUCAAAACACACCAGCAGCUGAUGAAUUACUUCCUCCUCAUGUUAAGUUGCAUCCAAAAACAAGCAACAGACUAGGAAAGUUUAUGACAGAGAAAGACCACAAUUUUCUAGAGGUUAUAUGGACAAUGAGUGACUUCACAGAUGCUUUAAAGAGACUGCUGGAACAGGAAAAGCAUUAAAAAUAAUAAUUAGUGUAUUCAUGUAUUGUAUUGUAUUAUCUUUAGUCUCUUUUCCUUUUGGGCGUGGUUAAACUGGUUAUACAAAGAUUUGAAAAUUGGAAAUUUGUUAGCGUCUCUUUCUCUUUCUCUCUUUUGCUUGCAAAAGUUGCUUUGUGCUGCAUUUCUUCUCAAGUUACCCGAGACUGUUCUCUGGGACUAUACCAAGUGAAUUAUAAUGUCAGGGGAAGAAGUCGCCUCUCAGCCCUCUGAUGAUCCUGUAACGGAAUCCUUUCCUGAACAAGAGACGGAUCAGAGUCAAACUGAGUUUGUUGUCAUUAACACGGAUGAAGGAAAUACUUUUGCUGGAAAACUACUCAAAGAAUUACUUACUGACGUAAAAGCCUUUCGCAAAAAAGUCUCCGAUUUUGAGAGGCAGCUAGAGGAACAUCUAUCUCUUCGGCAAACGAAUCAGAGAGAGAUUUCUGAUUUGCAAGAGAAAUUCAAGCAUCACGUUGAAAAGUUUGAGAAGCAUUGUGAAGGGGCAGCAAUGGCUGAUGAAUUUGCUUGUCUUUAUGAAGAAAAUGAAAAGCUAAAGCAAGAAAUGAAGGCACUGAGGGAAGAAUACGAUCAGAAAUUGAAAGAUUUAUCUGAUAGAUUGCAGACACCAUCUUCUGAAGUGCCUGUUACAGAAACAGCUGAAAAUGAAGAAGUACCAGCAGCUUCAGCAAUCCCUCCACUCCCUGUGAUCUCUGACCUCUUGUUGAAAUUAGACGAUUUAGCGUCAAAAUUAAUACCAAAAGAAGCGACCAACAGGAGAAGAUCAAUGUUAGAGACACAAACUAAUGAAGUUUGCACUGCUUAUAACUUACCACCAAAGACAGACAGUUUUGACGAGUUUGAUUCACCACAGUUACCCCGUACGUACAGUGCUUCUAGUUCUGGUAUAGGAAGCAGUACCGGCAAUGCUACACUUGGUAGAAAUGAUAGUACAUUGUUUAAUAUCGGGGAAGAUGGUGAUACUACAGCACCUGACGAAUCGCUUCCUCCUCAAGUAAAAUUACGCCAAAAGACAAGCACACCUGCUAUUAGACGAGGACAAUCAAUGACGGAGAAGGACCACAAUUAUCUAAUGGUUAUAUGGACAAUGAGUGACUUCACAGAUGCUUUAAAGAGACUGCUGGAACAGGAAAAGCAUUAAAAAUAAUUACUAUUACCUGUAUUGUAUUGUAUUGUACUUGUUUGUUUUAUUGUGUUAUAGGCCUAAACAUGCUGUAUGCAUUUGGAGGGAAAGGAUGGUUUGACAGUGUAACCAUUCAGCAAGUAAUAUUCACCAUUUUUGCUCAAAAACAUAUCAAAUUAAAACCCACCAGUCACUAAAUUUAGUAAUUUCCUCCUCCUAUGCAACAUGACUAUUUUCUCACUUUAAAAAUAUUUAUUCUUUUCUAUAUGUACAUGUAUUGUAAUUAUUAUAAUUAUAAUUAUUAUUGUUAUUGUUUUUCUGACAUCAAAAUCACACCAUGUAUGUUGAUGUCAUACAUCACUAUGAUGUCAUUAUUUUGUCAUGCAUGCACUAUGAGUACUAUAGAGUGCGAAUGAGUGUGACUAUCAAUAGAGUAAAAGUAUUAAUGUCAUUUACUAUCAAAACAAUAAAACAAGAGAAUGAGGAAAUAGCAAUACACUAGGGGACAGACCAUUUAUGAAUAUACUUAAACUAACAUUUCCGUGAUUUAACACAUUUUGAUGUAGAUGUCACAAUGUUAUAGUUGUAUAAAAAUAAAGGGAAAUAGAGGACAACUUUAGUUUGCAGAGAAGAAGAAAUAAAGCAGAAGAAUUAAAGGAAGAGAGAGAGUGGGCAGUAUAAAAUAUGACUGAUCAUAAUCAAACAGUUGCACAAGAGCCUGAGGAAGGACAUGAUGAUGAAAGGACAGAGCUAGUGUUCCCAUUGGAAAGGCUACACAUAAGGACAUCACAGCUGCUAAAUAACGCUGACCAAAGGAUGACAGAAAUAUUGAGAAAGAUGACGGACGAAAGAAUUGAGAAGAUGAGUAUAGAGCAAGAAGAGCUAAAAGAAGAAAUAAAAAAGAUCCAAGAAGAAUUGAGGGAAGCAAAAGAAAAUGUUGAGGAAAUAACAGAACUGAAGAGGAGAGUAGAUGACCAUGACAAGAGACUGAGGGUCGUAGAAAGUAGAGAUCAUCAUCAUCAUGGGAUCUUGAAAGUGCCAGUUGGAAGAAGAAACCCAUCAGCAGAGAGUGACAUGGGAUAUGGGGGCAGUAGAGAUAACAGCUCGAGUAACCUAGAGCUUCCAGUACAAAAUCCACCUGUAUCCCUCCUUGGGCCAAAUGAUGAUGAUCAAGCAAAAUAAAUAAAUUUAUAUAUUUGAUAUACUGUAUACUUCUUUCCUUAACUCUCUCUGAAAAUAAUGUACGUAUCUGUCUUUCACCUAUCUUUCUGUAUCUGCUGGAGUUCUCUUAAUCAAUUAUAUUCUCUCUCCCUCUUUUCCAAUCUCUAUCCUGAAUUCUUCUCAAUGCAACAAAUGUGAUUAUGAUGAUUUGUAAUCAUAAUAUUAUCGUCUUUAUGUUAAUUAUUGUUAUUGAAAUAUA